GACGCACCUUGCUUCAACCGGCAGUGGAGACGUACUGUUUUUCUUUUUUUCACCUUAACAUUUACUUCCAUCCAAUCACAGAACUCAACGGAGGUGACUUCAUGGCAGCUGCUAUGAGUCAUCCAUUCAUACCUUUUUCUUGUAACUGUGUGCUCUUAUCCACUGUCAUGGCGCCUUGUGUCGGCCGAAACUUAAAAUGGUGCCAACAAAAAGCAGCAGGAGCGGGAGCGAGAGCCGAGGGAUCGUAACACUGGAGCUCAAGGAUAAACCAUGGACUCUGCACACAUCCCACUACACCUGGACAUCCACCAUGUUCCCUGCUAACCUUCUGCUCCUCAUGGUCCUGCUCCUACCUCAAGCCUCGUCUGGUCGCCAGGGUGGAGACACCAGCAAGACCGACCAUGGCAGGGUGUCCUCCAUGCCUUCCUCCUUGUCGCCCCCACCAGCUGGUUCCCUCCUCCUGGAGCCCAGUCUGGCACAGACCAUCCAGAACCUCCUCUUGAGCCGUCUGGGCCUACAGUCGCAGCCCGACCCUCGGCCUGGGGUGCCGGUGCCCGGGUACCUCCUUAAUCUUUACCACUUCCACCAGCAGCAGUACCAUCUAGUGGAGGAUCCCUCGUUUAGCUUCCCGAGCCAGCACAUUGAGCAGGCCAACACCGUACGCAGCUUUCACCACAGUGAGCCCCUUGGAGGCAGUCCUGUAGCAGUGGAUCAUAAGAGGGUGCAUAUCUCCUUCAAUGUAUCCUCCAUCCCUCAGGACGAGAGGGUGCUCUCCGCUGAGCUUCGGCUUCUCCGCAGUGACAGAGCUUCACUAGGUCCCGGGGUCCACAGACUUAACCUAUACCUCACUGAGCACCACGAGGACCCCGAACCCACCCUGCUGGAGACGAGGUUACUCACCACCGGCCUCCACGGCCAUAAAGGAAGCGGUUUCUGGGAGGCUUUUAGCUUAAAUGCAGAGUUCCUCCAUAAGGCCCUUAGUGGGACUGGCAGUCUGGGCUUCCUCCUAGAGCUCGGAGUUGAAAACAGCACCACAUUGAUCCCUAAACAAAACCUCUUCCCUGCCACAGCUGACGAGGAGGCAGAAAAACACAAACAGGCCCACCUGAGAGUAUGCAGGUCUGUGGGUCAGGACGAGCAUAGCUGGGCCCAGGAGAGACCCCUCUUGGUGACUUACAGCCAUGACGGCCGCGGAGAGCCCUUGGUCAAACACGGCAGGAGGAACCCCAACGGAGGCCAGAGGAUGAGAGGGAGAAAGGGGACAAAAGACAGGACCAGGGGCAGCAGCAAUAGCCGCAGUAGAGACCCGGCCUCGGGCAGGGCCAGAAAAACGGGGUACACGGUGCAGGGCUGGGGGAGUGUUCAACGAGGGGACAGCUGGAGCGACGCUGGAAGGGUGAAAAGAAACGGCGGCCGCGCUGCAAAACUGAAGCGCCUUUCUCGCAACAGGUGUCGCCGCCAUCCUCUGUACGUAGACUUCAACGACGUGGGGUGGCACAAGUGGAUCAUCGCACCAAGCGGCUACGACGCCUUCUUCUGCCUGGGAGAGUGUCGCUUUCCUCUGGCCGACCACAUGAACUCCUCCAGCCACGCCAUGGUGCAAACCCUGGUGAACUCUGUGAACGGAGCCGUGCCCCGGGCCUGCUGCGUCCCCACCUCCCUUAGCCCCAUCGCCCUGCUCUACCUGGACCCUCAAGACCGAGUGGUGCUGAAGAACUACCAGGACAUGGUGGUGGAAGGCUGCGGCUGCCGGUAGUGAACUGGAGAACUCGGCCAGAGGAAGCCGGACGUGCAUGGGGGGACACCGAGGGAAUCGGGGAGAGACAGAAGCGAUGAAAAGGCAGAUGGUGGGAAGAAGAAACGACCAGCUAGACACGGGACAAAUUGAACAGCGUAAGAAGGGUGAGGGGAGAGGAGGGAGAUAAGGGAUUGGAUGUAGCAGCUAAACGUGAAUUACGAGGAGCAAGAAACAUAGUUAGAGAUGAAAAGAGAAAGAAAUUAAAGAUGCAAAGAUAUAAACAGCCAUAAAACAACCAAAUCAAACGAUCAGACAAUAAGGCAGAGGAAGCUGAAAUACAGUCAACACAGAUUUACUGCCAGGAAUGACUUUUCACGUUUUACCAUUUUGCAUUGAUACAGCUGUUUGCACCAUCAACCAACAGGCUACUUGUCCCCCACAAGAAGCCAGCGCUUUAAUAUCAGAUGGUGUCCAUUCCACAUCCCAGUGUUUGCCACUCAUCUCAUGCAACCGUCUGACAGGCACGUGCACAUGUGUUUAGUGGUGGACACACAUUUUAAGCUCUGGAGCAGAAUCUCAUCACUUCCUCAUUGACUUCCUGAUGAUCUGACGAUCAACAGCAUUAGCAAUAUGAUGAUGCCACUAGUAAGGCAUCUAAACUUUGUGUGACAGUGAUGUUUCGGCAGUAUUUGAAGCAGGAAGUAGGGAGCAUCUGUAAUACGAAAGUUCAUAUAAUGACAAACUGUUCCUCUACAAGUGCCCCUACAUCACAAGAUAUUUAAAACCACAACAAUAAUGCUGGGGAACUAUCAUGCUAUUGUUUGAAUGUACUUCUAUCACGAUUAUUUAAAAAAAGAAAUUAUGUACAUUUAUUUUGCAGACAUGAAGAAAAUCCAAGUGAUGGUUGCCUUGUUGUUUUACAUAGUUCCACUGAAUGGUGAUUCUAACUUAAAAGACACAUUAUGUAUUUAAGUAGCAGCAAUACUGGUGUAUUAAAUGGUGUAUUUAAUCAUGAAAAUAUUUAAGAUACCUGCACUCAGCAGAGCAUACAGCAAACAAAAUAAGAAAGCCUGCCGUCCACAUUGGGUUAUUUAUGGUAGCUUUACAUCCGUAUAAAAAUGUUCAGUGUAUUGAAUCAACAGUCUGUGUUACUAUAAUUUCUCACACAUGAUAGCAGACAUAAGUGGUGUUGCCUUUAAAAGUUCAACUAACAAGUAAAUUGAAAGCUCUGUGUAUAAGUGUGUAACAACAGACCUCUUUGCUAGUCGUGUCUGCAUUUGUCAAGAAAAGAAAGCAGGACAGCAUCAUUAAAACUGGGACUUUAGUGCCUUUCAAACAUGGGCUUUAAAAGUGUUCUCUGCUGAGCUUAGUAAAUGUUUUUUCCGUGUUGAAUUUUUCUCUCUAAUGUUAAGCAACAGCUUGUAAAGUGUUUGACAAUAUACCUCUAAUAAACAAAGCAAACCG